UAUGCACUUGAGCAGGGAAGAAAUUCACAAGGACUCACCAGUCUCCUGGUCUGCAGAGAAGACAGAAUCAACAUGAGCACAGCAGGAAAAGUAAUCAAAUGCAAAGCAGCUGUGCUAUGGGAGUUAAAGAAACCCUUUUCCAUUGAGGAGGUGGAGGUUGCACCUCCUAAGGCCCAGGAAGUUCGUAUUAAGAUGGUGUCUGUAGGAAUCUGUGGCACAGAUGACCACGUGGUUAGUGGUACGAUGGUGACCCCACUUCCUGUGAUUUUAGGCCAUGAGGCAGCCGGCAUCGUGGAGAGUGUUGGAGAAGGGGUGACUACAGUCAAACCAGGUGAUAAAGUCAUCCCACUCGCUGUUCCUCAGUGUGGAAAAUGCAGAAUUUGUAAAAACCCGGAGAGCAACUACUGCUUGAAAAACGAUGUGAGCAAUCCUCAGGGGACCCUGCAGGAUGGCACCAGCAGGUUCACCUGCAGGGGGAAGCCCAUCCACCACUUCCUUGGCAUCAGCACCUUCUCACAGUACACAGUGGUGGAUGAAAAUGCAGUAGCCAAAAUUGAUGCAGCCUCGCCUCUGGAGAAAGUCUGUCUCAUUGGCUGUGGAUUUUCAACUGGUUAUGGGUCUGCAGUCAAUGUUGCCAAGGUCACCCCAGGCUCUACCUGUGCUGUGUUUGGCCUGGGAGGGGUUGGCCUAUCUGUUGUUAUGGGCUGUAAAGCAGCUGGAGCAGCCAGGAUCAUUGCAGUGGACAUCAACAAGGACAAAUUUGCAAAGGCCAAAGAGUUGGGUGCCACUGAAUGCAUCAACCCUCAAGACUACAACAAACCCAUCCAGGAAGUGCUAAAGGAAAUGACUGAUGGAGGUGUGGAUUUUUCGUUUGAAGUCAUCGGUCGGCUCGACACCAUGAUGGCUUCCCUGUUAUGUUGUCAUGAGGCAUGUGGCACAAGUGUGAUCGUAGGGGUACCUCCUGAUUCCCAAAACCUCUCAAUGAACCCUAUGCUGCUACUGACUGGACGUACCUGGAAGGGAGCUGUUCUUGGUGGCUUUAAGAGUAAAGAAUGUGUCCCAAAACUUGUGGCUGAUUUUAUGGCUAAGAAGUUUUCAUUGGAUGCAUUAAUAACCCAUGUUUUACCUUUUGAAAAAAUAAAUGAAGGAUUUGACCUGCUUCACUCUGGGAAAAGUAUCCGUACCAUUCUCAUGUUUUGAGACAA